AUGACGACAGAUCCCACGCCCGCCCACUCCAAACCCAUGGUCAUCCCGACGCGCGGUCACACAGGACUGCCCGGUUCCGAGCCUCAGACGACCAGAGCGCGAGGACAGCCAUACCCCAGGAAGACGCGUUGCGCCAGCACCGGUGACCACCAGGCCAACGCCGUCCCACCUGCCGUUGCCGCCUUGCUGGCCGUCACUUCGAUUCCACCCCCAAGACGCGCUCGCUCCCAGCGCAGAAAGUCCCCCUACGCCGACAAGCGCAUAUCCAUCGACGAGCUCAUCGAGGAAUGGAGAGCAGAGGACAAGGAGUGCUCCGCUGGCAGCUACGGCUCUCCGCUCGAUAUCCUGCUGGAGAGGGUCGACGAUGGUGACUCGGAUGAUUGCGUCAGCAUCGGCGACGCAAGCUCAAAGGAGGUCGAUUUCUCAUCGCCGCGUUCCCUUUCCAGCGAAUCAGUACCGUCCAUCCCCGAUCUGGACACCGAUGAGCGCUCGCUGUUGUCAUUCAGCAGCCCUUCCACACCCAAGUCUGGAUCCUUCUACAGGAGAGCCGGCACCGAACGCAAGAAGGAAGCCGUUUCUCCCCCAAAGGAGGAUUGCAUACUGGACCACCCUUUACUACACUAUAGCGACCUGGAAGCCGAGGAGCUACCCGAAGAGCCCCCUGCGCCUGAAAUCCAGAUCACUCGCCAGCCUCCCACCUCAAGGCUGAGGUCAGCCUUCACUUCCAACCUCACUGCAUCCUUCCAGGCCCUCAAAUCCGCUGCAAGGUCAUUUAGCAACUUCACGGCCCCUAGCAUUCCACCGGAUGACAUGCUCACGCGCUCCUUGCUGUCUCCUCGGUUCGCAAGCGAGAUGCGCCCCAAGCAUGUCGAAGGCACUCCGCCAGCAGCGCUGCGCCGCUACCUGAACCCGUCGUCGUCCACCAGGCCGCUCUCCCCGACCGAGCUCUCGCAGCAGCUGCAUGAGGCGUUGAUCCACGGGCAGGCUCUCGAGGAGCCCAGCGACGCGCCCAUGAUCCAGAUGCAGACGUACGAGCGGCGGUCGCGCAACAAGUCGCGCAGCAGCAAGGGGGGCCGCAACAGCAGCAGCAGCAGCGAUGCGGCGUCGUCGGAGGCCGGCGGCCGCCCGGCGGUGCGUCAGCGCGAGCCCCGCGAGAACAGCGACUUCCUCCGCGUCAUUGUGCUCGAGAUGAACAUGCGGCGCGGAGGCAAGCUGGACGCAAAGGCCAUGGGCAAGGCGCGCAUCUGGCUGCCGCCGCGCAAGGCCAGCGCGCGCGGCGACGAAGAGCCCGCGGGCGGCGUGCCGGUGCGCUGGAUCGGCGUUGGGGUCGACAACGACGACGAGUGGUGA